AUGCCGCUGCUGGUCAGAGAUUACAGCUGGGAUCAGACCGAAACUCAAUUGUUUAUAACGGUGCCACUGAAGGGAGUGAAGGCCGGGAAAGCGGAUAUUUUCUGCACAGAGGAUUAUUUAAAGGUGAAUUUUCCUCCAUUUCUGUUUGAGGUGGUGCUAUUUGCUUCUAUCAAUGAGCCAAAAAGCUCAGCUAAAGUUGGCAAUGGUGUUAUCAUCUUCACCUUGUGUAAGAAAGAAUCAGGAAUGUGGGAGCAACUUACAAUAGUUGAAGUUAGUAAGGAAACAUUGCAAAAGAAGAGGGAGAAUGCAAUACUUGCCGCUCAAGAGAAGGCACAAAAAGCUGCAGAAGAAAAAUCAAUUAAAAAACGAGAAAAUGAGAAGUACUCAUUGGAAAAGAUGAUGAAGAUAGAGGAAGAUAACAGAAAACAGAUCGAAGAGAUGAAAGAGCAAGAGCGAAGAAAAGCCACUGAAGAGUUGGAACAGUGGAAGCAGCGGAAGCAUGAAGAAGAGGAACUAAAGAAAAAGGAGGAUCUAAAGAGAAAGGAGGAACUAAAGAUUGCAAGGCAGAAGAUUGAGGCAGAGAAAAGGAGGAGGAUGAGGAAGGAAGAAAACAAAAUACAGAAUUUUGCCUCUCGAACUCCAGACAUGCAUUCUGUUAAAGGAGGUACAACUGGCAAUAUAUUUGCUGAAAACUCCAAGGAGAAAAUCAUCCCAGCUCCUCGUUCAGCUGGCAACAUUCAGAUACACUUCACGCCACGAGUUUUUCCUACUGCAUUAAGAGAAUCUCUUGUUGCUGAGGAAGAAGAGUGGUUAAGAAAACAGGCAGAAGCUAGACGAGCUAAAAAUGCAAAUAUCCCUGAUCUUAAAGACCUGAAAGAAGAGGAAAAAAAUCCAGACUGGCUGAAGGAUAAAGGGAAUAAGCUCUUUGCAUCAGGAGAUUAUCUAGCAGCUAUUAAUGCCUAUAACCUGGGAAUACAAUUGAAUAAUAAACUUCCAGUCUUGUAUCUGAACCGGGCUGCAAGCCACCUUAAACUAAGAAAUUUACACAAAGCCAUUGAAGACUCCUCCAAGGCACUUGAUUUGUUAACUCCUGCUGUUACAGACAAUGCAAAUAGCAGACUGAAGGCCCAUAUUAGAAGAGGUGCAGCAUUUUGCGAACUGGAACUAUAUGUGGAGGGCCUCCAGGAUUAUGAAGCUGCUCUUAAGAUUGACCCAAGCAACAAGAUAAUACAAGAAGAUGCAGAGAAGAUACGUCAAGUGAUUCAAGGAACACCUCCAGAUCCCUAAGAACCAUGUGAGAAAUGUCAAAGACUUACUGAAAAUGUACUUCUACAUAUCACCCUUUUGUUAGGACACAGGCACUGUAUUCAGGGACAAUGGUAAAUCCAAAGCUUCAAUCCAAACUAGCCUUUGAUUUCCUGAGGAAAACCUGAAUUGGGAUCAGUUUGAACUGAAUGGUGCUAGAAUCUUUAACUAAGAUGCUGUUGUGUCUUAAUUGUUGGUGCCUUUGCACUUCCGCUUUCUUUUGGAGAGUAGAGGCCUUUUAUGGUUUAUGAUAAUCCUGUUGGGAAUUUAGUAUAUGGCUUCGCUAUAAUGGGAAUAGAAUAUUUAAUCAUACACCUGUUACACUACCAGAUUAUAAAGUGGUUUAUACAGUUGUCACAAAACUAAUAAUUUUCAUAAUAUUAUCAUGGUUUAUUAUAAAAUAGAUUUAGGGUAUGAGUGGCGAUGGUUCUGUCUGUUGAUUUAAUUAAAUUGGAGUCAGCUGGAAUGCAAGCUUGAAAUUAUAAGGAGUUAGAUAUAGAAAGGUACUUGAAAUGCUAAUGAGUAAACGUGGAUGAAGUCUUAGCAUAUAAGGUAUGAAGGAAAUUUGCAUUUUUAGAUAAGUGAAGUUGUUUAGAUUUCAAAGGGAUGAUCAAAUGUUUACAACUGGAAAGAUAGGCAGGGCCAAGCAAUGUGUUUAUUUUUACCAAAAAGAAAGAGGUCAUAUUGGCAACAUGAAAGAUUUUUAUAUUAUGGAAAGACAUAUGGGACAAUGGAAUUUACACAUUAAAGAGAGAAACACGUAUAUAAAGGGAAAUGUAAGAUCUAACAGGAGUGUGUGAAACAGCCUAGAAGAAGCCUCCAAGUAUUUUUGCAAAAGUCUGCUGUGUCCAGUAACUAAAGUUGGAGAAAAACCUUUGGAAUUCCACUGUUGAGUGGGUGAUGUGGUAAUUUGCUGGCUUGCUUUUUAAAUUUUAAAUUUAUUUUGGACUGUUGUCUUAAAGGGGUGUAUAUUUGGGAGUUAGGUUAAUUAAGAAUUUUAGGAUUUGUAUAGUAUUAAGUAAUUAAGAAUUUUAGGAUGUGUUAUUGUAUUAAGUAACUGUAAUAUUAUGUAUGUGCUUGAAAUCUUUGCUUUUGAUAAUAAAUAUUUUAAUUUAAUUUUUAAA